AUGGAAGCUGCAUUAAAUGGAUUGGCUGGAACGGUCAAACAUUCUGCAUCGAAGGAAGCGAUUAAUGUGGCAAAAGAAACUCUGAAAAGAUUCAACGAUAAAAAAGAUGUUCCAAUAGUCCAUGUUAGGGAAAAAUGCUUGGCAGCUUUCGAACUUGCAUUCGAUCAUGGGAACGAGAAACAUUUCCAUCAUGCAGUCGACGGAGUUCAAGUUCUUCUCCGUGAUCAAACAUAUCAUGAUACAAUAACAGAAGAGACACAAAACAGUCUCCCAUCUCAAGUAUUACAUUCAAUGACAGGAAUCGAUGAAUGGAAAAGUCAACUUCAAUGCAAAUGUAUUACGCUUCUGGUAGAAAUGGUAUGUAGUAACGAAUUGAAAGUUUCAAUGAGCGAUGUAGAACAAUGCGUUCAAAUCUAUAAACGAUUAUAUGGAAAAAGUGAAGAAGAACGAGUUCGAGUUGCCUGUCGAGCUGCCACAACUCAAUCUCUUUCUGCAUAUUUCUCAAAUCGAUAUGCAGCGUGCGAAGCUCAACAAGAAGCAAUCGCAGUUUAUAUGGAUGUUGGAAAACUUUUAGAAGAACUUUGUGCAGAAGUUGAACAAAUGAGUAGUGCACAUGAACAGUGUCUGAUUUCACUUGAUGCAAUUUGUGCUCUUUUGACUUCUUCCAACUUGAGAAUUCUCAAUCAUCAGCCAUUUGUUAACUUGUUAUGGGAAAAAGUGUGUCCAUUAAUAAUUCUUCUUCUUGGAAUACCUCAAAAAGGAAUGAGUAGUUCUUCAAAAAUGUCUGAAAGUGGCGGAAACGACGAACCAAUUGGAGAAGGUCAAAUUGAUUUCGCACUGGCUCCAUCUGUUAUCACUAAUCCACAUACAUGGCGUGCCCUUUAUCAAAUUGUUGACCAACUGAUUCGACUCAUGAUAACUGACCCUAGUCUUGCUUCUUCUCUGGAAGCAUUAUUCCACAAAGCUUUCCUAUUUCCCCGAUUGGACCAACGAUCAGAAGCAUUGAAACUGAUCAAAAAAAUAUUGGGAGACGGCUCGAAAAUGAGUAAAAUUGCUAAAAGUUGUGUGAUCACAAAGUCAUUAUCUCUAUGGAGAAUGUUGAUGACUUGUAUUGUUGAAUGCACGAAUCCACAGCUGGAAUUGAGUAUUGAUUCAGUGAAAACAGUUGUGGCUAUGUUAGACGGAAUGAAACAACUAGCAACUCAUCGUUUUUUCACUGAUGAAGAGAGGAAAAUCAUUGCGGAAACUUUUGUUUCAUUUGAAGAUACAAUUGUCAAUAGUUUUUCAUUGAAAUGUUCCGAAAGAGUAUCUGAAAUAUCUACCGUCGACGAGGAUAAUGAAAAUGUGUUUGAUCAAUCUGGAAGUAGUUCAACAGAGGAUCCGAUGGCAGCUAAAUUGAGAAGACUAGAACAAAAGUUCAGGUGUGCUCCGAUUACAACAAGAAGAUCGAGUGAAUUAGAUGAGAGUAGCGAGAGAAACACAGCAAAACGUUUUGUCCAAUCAUUUUCGGAAAACUUGGACAUAAUUGCUUCUCCGAAAAACACACUUUCCAUUGAUGAAGCGAUUUUGCAAUUUGCUUCUGAUUUUUAUGCAAACUUCUGUUCAGUACAUGCUGACGCCUACAAAUCUCGAUCCAAGAUUCAACAGGAAUUCUUGAAUACCGACGCUAUCUAUUUGACAACUUACGCUGCUCUUUCGUAUGUCUCCCGCCCUGAUACUUACACUUUAGAAGAUCUCAAAAAGACAGUUCUCAAUUCUGGAAGUGUGGUCCACGUGGCUAUUGGAUGGCUGGAAAAGGUUUAUGAUAAUCUGAAACUAGCAGAUGUUCAUGCUGGACAGAUAACUCCAACAUUGAAAAAUGUGAUCAAUGAUUUCGAUGGACAAACGAAAGGAUUACUGUCAGAUGUAGAAAAGUUGAAGAGAAUAAAAUCGAGAGUAGAUGAAGUUGAAUGUACUGAAGAAAGAAACGUGGCUAGAUGGAUGACAAGUUCUGCAUGGCAAAUGACUAUCGAUGUUCUCUCAACUUUUUUGGCAGUGAAAGAAAAAAGAAAGACACGAGAGAAAAUAAGGGAAGCGAUAUCAGUUUCGAUAUGUGGAAUGAGAAAUCUUUGUGCCGUUGCACAAGUUUUGGGUUUGGAAUCUCGGUGUGGUUGGAUAUUCGAGCAACUUGUUGAGACUUCCUGUUGCCUCGAAGAUCUACGAGACGAUGCCAUUGCAGCUGAUAACGAACAAAAGUCCACGUGCACUUCACGUGAACAUCUUCUAGCAAUGCAGCUAGUUCUUGAUGAAGCUAGAAUUGCAAUUCAUGCAUCUUCAUGUUGGAAACAUAUUGUUAGAUGCUCAGAAUAUGUUUGGGAACUGGAGAAGUACAUUUAUGGAGCUCUUUGCUAUGAGAAACCAUCUCGUUUGAAGUUUCUUCGAAGGAAAACAGAAGAAAAAGAGGAAGAUAAAGAAGAGGUUCGUUUAGCACAACUUUAUUCUUCUUUUCGAAAUUAA